AAGAAAGAGGUCACGCCUUCUUCAUGGUAUGCAAACCCUGCUGCUAAGAUUUGGACGGGAGUACUUAAACUGACACUUACUAUAAAGAUUUAACAUAUCGUUAUAUCCUUUAUAAACCGAAGAAAUGAGGGGCAUUAGCUUCUGCUGAAAUAUCUUUAAAAUUUGACCAGCAAAAACGCCAUGCCCAACCAGAAAAACAGCAAGGGGAAGAAAAAUAAACGCACUAAUAGCAGUGGAGAUGAACAGGAAAAUGGAGCCAGUGCUGCAGCAACAGCAGCCCCGGUGGUAGCUACAACAUUAGGGGCUACAGCUGCAUCUCAAAAUGAAAACAAUAAUGAAGCACCUUGUGCUACCCCUUUGAUCUGCAGUUUGGGCAGACUUAUCGACCUGGAGAAGGAUGACUACCAGAGGGUGGUCUGCAACAGUGAGCUGUGCCCUUACGGAAACUGGAUGCACCUGCAAUGCUUUUUCGAGUGGGAGAGUAGUAUUCUGGUGCAGUUUAACUGCAUUGGCCGGGCACGCAGCUGGAAUGAAAAGCAAUGCCGGCAAAACAUGUGGACAAAGAAGGGAUAUGACCUGGCCUUCCGCUUCUGUUCCUGCCGCUGUGGACAGGGCCACCUUAAGAAAGACACAGACUGGUACCAGGUGAAGCGUGUGCAGGAUGACCGAAAGAAGAAGGUGCUGCCUGAGAAGAGCCUUGGCAAGCUUAGCUAUAGUGCUGAUGGAGAGUUGCCUGAGCUCCCCAGGAAAGGGAAGCAUCCUCCAGGGAACAAACCAGUGCACAGGUCUGUGGGACUUGACCUGCCGCGAAGGCAAUCCAUAGACAGACAGAACUCACAGGAGAAAGGUGCAACAGGCUUCUCCUGCAGCAACAACCUUGGCCUCCGCUCACCCUGUGUUUCACCUGGUCAGUCCCCACCUUUGGGUUUCUCCUUCUUCUCUUCCCCCUCUUCCGGUGGGCCACGCAGCUCCCGGCACUUAGGCGAGUUCCUCAAGAAUGCUGUCCACAUGGAGAGCCACCGGAAGCACUUGUCCACUAGCGCAGGGGCGGUACGGAAUGCCUAUUUUGAGCAUGCGGCAGGGCUGCAGAUGCCUCGGCUCGCGUCUGGGGAUGCCCCUGUGCAGUUCCUCCGGCGGCUGGACCUGUCAGAGCUCCUGGCCCACAUCCCUCGUCAUAAGAUCAACACCUACCAUGUGCGCAUGGAGGACGACGCUCAGGCUGGCCAGGGGGAAGACCUCAGGAAGUUCAUCCUGGCAGCGCUCAGUGCCAGCCACAGGAACGUGGUCAACUGUGCCCUGUGCCACAGGACACUGCCCAUCUUUGAGCAGUUCCCACUCGUGGAUGGGACUCUUUUCCUUAGCCCCUCUCGGCACGAUGAGAUUGAAUAUGAUGUUCCUUGUCACUUACAAGGGAGGCUGAUGCACCUGUAUGCAGUCUGUGUAGAUUGCUUAGAGGGAGUUCAUAAAAUUAUAUGUAUUAAAUGCAAAUCCCAAUGGGACGGGAGCUGGCACCAGUUGGGAACUAUGUACACUUAUGACAUACUUGCUGCGUCUCCGUGUUGUCAAGCCCGUCUCAACUGUAAGCACUGUGGGAAGCCUGUGAUAGACGUGCGAGUGGGGAUGCAGUAUUUUUCAGAGUACAGCAAUGUACAGCAGUGUCCACACUGCGGGAAUUUAGACUACCACUUUGUGAAGCCAUUCUCCUCUUACAAAGUGCUUGAGGCCUAUUGACGAACGAUUUGCUAGUGUAGUAUAUAUAUAAUUUAUAUGUUAUUCAUAUAUUAAAGUUUAACAAAAAGCAUCCUAUUUUUUCAACAAAAAAGGGUAAAGGGGAAAAAAGCACAAAAAACAACUUCUUUUUACUUUAAUACAAUGUUAAUUCAGCAUACAAAUCAUUAAACUCAGCAACUGGUAACUUAAAGAAACAAGGAACUUCCAAAUGUGUAUAUAAAGCUGAGAUAAAAAAAGAAGUUACAAAAAACUGUGACAAGUGAAUGUAUCUAA